AUGACCAAAGACCACAGGCCGAAACUUCCUCCAGGGGCCUCUGGAUCCAGAGAAGCAGCUGCUGGCGAGAGCUUGAACCAGCCCCAUAACGGAUUCCGUCAGACCCUGCGGAAACUUAAGAAGAAUGCGACCAAAAAGAUUUCUAAACGCUUCAAGUGUGCUCGCCACCAAACCCCUGCUGUCCAGAACGAUACUCAUCAAGGUGCCUCAUCGAAUCAGAAUAUUGAGGAUGAGUCGCAUCUGCAUCCUUCCGAUGAUAACAUCCCUGAGAAUCCCAGUGGUUGUGUAAACCAAGGAGCGCCCGGAGAACCUGCUUCGAAGGAUCAGGCUUCAUCUGGCGUGGAAGAGAUCCCUGAUUUCAAAUCAGUUGAUGCUAAGCUUCAAGAUACCCACUACAUAUCUUCAACCACUCAAAAAUUUUGA